UCCCAGCAGUGACACUCCCCUUUAAAAUACUCUCACAGUGUGGAAAUCUGCACAUAUUCCUCCUGCUUGCUCAGCUUUGGACAUCAUGAAGAAUAUUACGCAACUCUGUGCAACAGUUUUGCUGCUGCUCUUCACCCUGUUCUUGGCCAGAACAUUUUGUGUGCAGCCUGUUCAUUGCCAGUGGGGGCCUUAUGAAAGCUGGUCAGUUUGUAAUCCCUGCACCAAAUUACAGACAAGAAGCCGAGCCAUGGCUGUCUAUGCUCAAUUUAAUGGGAACCCCUGUGAUGGUGGCCGGACUGAGACCAGGUCCUGUGAAACCACACAAGCCUGCCCGCUGGACGAUGGAUGUGGAGACAGGUUCCGUUGUCGAUCAGGGCGGUGUGUUAGCAAGUCUCUGUUGUGUAACGGAGAUGUGGACUGUGAGGAAGAUGGACUGGAUGAGCAGGGCUGUGAGACUAAAACGAAUAUCGCAUGUGAACAUACCAUCCCGCCACCUCAAGUAGAGCUACUUGGAACUGGGUUUGAUGUAGUAACUGGAAUGAGCAGAGGAAGUGUCAUCAACACCAAGAGCUUUGGAGGCCAGUGUCGAACCAUCUUUAGUGGUAUCCACAAUGCUUUCUAUCGGCUUCCCCUCAGCACUAUUCAAUACAACUUUCUGGUUAAAGUCCAGAAUGACUUCAGUGAUGAGAUGUUUACCAGCCAAUGGCACUAUGCUAAAGAUAUUGUCAACAGAGAAACAGUAACUGGGACCACGACAGGAUUUCGUAACUAUGACUUCCAUGAGACACAGGACACGUCGGCUACUAGAAGAAUUGUAUUGUUGAGGAAUGAGGUAGAGGUAGCUCAGUUCCAGAGUAACUCUCCGGGGAACCUCCCAAUAUCUGAGGAGUUCUGGAAGGCUCUGGCCAAACUACCAACUGUUUAUGACUACUCAGCCUACAGGGAGAUUUUGGAGAAGUUUGGAACACACUACAUAUCCGAGGGAAGCUUGGGGGGCUCAUUGAACUCCAUCGUUUCAAUUGAUGAAGAAACUGAAAGCCGCAUCACGAGAAUAAGCUCCGAGUCUCGUGAAUGUGAGAAGAAAAAACGCUGGAUUCUGUUCUUCUCUUUUACAAGAGUGGAUUGUUCAAACAGUGACUACACGGGAGGAUCUUCCAGUGGUAGCAGCAAGUCUAACAACUAUGCAAAAGUGAAGGUGCUGGGAGGAGGUGUAACCCAUGUAGCAGCAUUGGAGAAUAUGCAGCUUGGAGAUUCAGACAAGAACUGGGAAAUGUACUCAAAUUGGGCUGACUCUAUUAAAUAUUUCCCUGUGGUAAUAAAGCAAAAGCUUCGACCUAUUUCAGAACUUGUUAAGGAAAUUCAGUGUGCUGGGGUGAAGAAGCUCUACCUACGUAAAGCCAUAGAACAAUACCAAUUUGAGAGCCAUCCCUGCCACUGCCAACCCUGCAAAAACAAUGGCCUGGCUGUCAUGGAUAAAGACAAAUGCAGAUGCAUCUGCAAAACCGGCACAAAAGGGCUGGCUUGUGAGCAUGGAGUUGAGGUGGAGGGCCAGCAAGGUGUGAUCCACGGUAGUUGGUCCUGUUGGUCUGCCUGGUCUUUGUGUUCUGGACGUCGGAGUUCGCGAAGUCGUUCUUGCUCUAACCCUUCCCCUCAGAAUGGCGGGCAUCACUGUACUGGAGAAGCAACUGAGACAUCUGGCUGUGACGAUGAAGAGGAACUUCAGUACUUAAAAACCAUGGAGCCACAGUGCUUUGAUACAAGUCUCCCAGUACUUCAGAAAUGUGCAACUCCGCCCAGUAUAAUCAACGGCUACAUCUUGGAUCCUAAGGACGAUUACUAUGUGGGUAAUACGGUGGAGUACACUUGCACCGCCGGUUUCUAUCUUGUCGGUAACAGCAUCCUGCAAUGCACUGCUGCUCAAACCUGGUCUGCAGACCCUGGGCUCUGUGCAGAUUCAGUGUGCAAGCUUCCUUCACUGCCUGAAGAUGUCAUAGUAUCACCUUUACAGAAGGCUUAUAAUCUUGGGCAGUCAAUCACCUUGUCCUGCCCACAGGGUAGUUCAUUACAAGGUGAAGCGAUGGCUAGUUGUGAUUCCAGUUUGAACUUUUCUCCAAAUCUGGCUCUAACCAGGUGCAUCCAAGAGAGACAGCAGCCAACUGUACCCACAGUGCAAUGCAAAGAAUGGGAGAAGCCACUCAGGGGCAAAUGUGUCUGUAAGAUGCCUCAUGAAUGCAGCUCUUCACUGGAAUUGUGUGCCGUAUCUCCAGUGAAUGGACAGUUCGUUCUCUUGACCGUGUGCAAAAUGCAGGCAAUGAAAUGUAUCAAGAAAAACUUUGAGAUAACAGAGGACAGCAACUGCAAGUGGCCAGAGCGCAUCACGGCAGGCUGCAGCACAUGUCACAUGUGGGAAAACUGUGACGAUCAAAGCAACCAGUGUCUCUGUAAGGACUCUGCAGAUUGCUCGACUCCGGGGUUAAAUGUGUGUGUCCGUAUUGGUGAUGAUUCAACUGUUGCCCCACAAACCAUGAGCGAGUGUGAAGCAGGACUUCGACGGUGUAAAGGGGAGAAGGUGACGGUUGUCGGUAUCCUCCCGUGUGCUUCCUAACGCCGCCUCGUCACACUGUUGUUUCUCAGGCUUGUGCUACAGCGGUACAUGCGACAUUAGACUAACACUUUCUAUGCAUCUAAUACUAGUAGUAUAAACAUUUUGUUCUUCAAACCAGGCUGCCACAGAUUUUGAUAUCCACAAGGUUUAAUACAAUGUGUGCCCCUAUUUGCAGUUAAAACAGCCUCAGCUCUUCUUGGACGGCUUUUCAUCAUCCAUCAUGUUUAGUAGAUUAAUUGAUGUCUUCGUUGUUGUAGUAUUUUUUUUUUUUUCAAUUCUUGCAAAAGCACACUGGAGAGGUCAGACACCUUGUACACUGGUAUGGUUGCCAGACAGACAGGUUUGAACACGUUCUCCAUGCUCUAGAGCAGCGGUCUCAAACUCGUCCUUGAAGAACGGUGUCCUGCAACUUUUAGAUGCGUCUCUGCUUCAACACACCAGACUCCAAUAUGAGCUCAUUAGCAGAGCUCUGUAGAACUUGACUGCAUGCAAGCAAGGAAGUUUAGCCAUUUAAUUCAGGUGUGCAGGACAAUGAACACAUCUAAUGGUUGCAGGAUACUUGUGCUCGAGGGUUUGAGUCUGAGACCACAGACAUCUAGUGGUGGUGUGCCUUACAACAUUGCAUUCAACACUUGCCAUUGAACCAGGUGGUGUAAGGCUCGGAUGCAACUGCUCCGCCGCCGAAACCCAUCCCUAGAAGCUCUCUACACACUGUUCUUUAGCUAAUCUGAAGGUAGCAUGAUGUUUGGUGGUCUGUGGCCGUUGGCUUUGAAACGGGUUGCCCACAAUGCUUCUCAGCAUCCAUUGACCUCUCUCCUACCACUAUGUCACUGAGUUGCUGUUUAUCAAAUUGCUUUCAUGUUGUUCUAAUACCUCCUGGGAGCAACCCAUUCUUUCACAAAUGUUUGUCGAAGAGACCUUCAUGCUAGGUGUUGGAUUUUAUACACCUGCGGCCGUGGAAUUGACUGUUGAACAAAGUGAGCUUCAUCACGUUUAGACCCACAUAGAAUAUCUUUUAGACACACCAACAUAUAUGUGGCAACUAGCAAGUUUAGAAACUGCUCAUCAGCUUAAAGGGACAAAGAGAAAACUGUCUGACAAAUAUUUUGUAUCUGUUUUUUUUUCAUCUUUUAUUAUAUGGAAUAAAGUAUUCAAACUAAA